AUUACAAAAUAAAAUAAAUAAAUAAAUAAAAUAUUAUAAUCAAUUAUAAACUAAGUAGCCAUAUUUUAUCUUAGAGUUGUUUGCUGAUGAUAUUCACUAUAGUGUCAAAUUAUUAAAUUAAAUCUAUUUCAAUGCAAAAAUUGUGUUCUUCAUGUUACACUUUCCUUUAAAAUGAUCGUAACUUUUAUUUCGUAUCGUGGAUUGAUUCUAACUUUCUUUUAGGAAUGUAUUAUUCUGUGGAGCAGUCUGAAACAUUAUUAACUGAAAUUUUAUCGCCAGUUGUUAAAGAUUUUGAUAUUGAAAAAUGCCGCAUUCCCAAACUUCCACCUCCAACUCUGACUAUAAGUUUUGAGGAAGCUCUUCAAGAAAAUAAAGUUACUUUUAUACCCAAUGAUUGCAGUCUGGUUUUUAAGGCAUCACCUGUGGUUGAAACAGUACUUAUUUCUGCAAGAAAGUUAACUGUAAGUGAGGAUGUAAAGAAAACUCUUGAAUUAACUCUGAAAUUCAAAGAAGAAAAGGUAGAAUUUCAGCCUGGUGAUUCCUUUGGAAUCAUUUGCCCAAACCCAUUUGAUGAAGUUAAAACAUUAUUAAAAAGAUUAAAUAUUUUACAUCUUGCGGAUGUACCUGCUAAUUUACAUUUAAAAAAUGACAGUCCGGGUAAACGUAAAUUACCUUCCCAUAUACCAUCUUCAUUAUCUCUUAAGAAUAUAUUUUUACAUUGUGUAGAGCUGCGAUCUGUUCCUAAAAAAGUUUUUCUUCGAGUGUUAGCAGAGUAUGCCAGAAAAGAAGAAAAGAAGUGUUUAUUGUUUUUAAGCAGUCAGGAAGGUUCUGAGUUAUACACUGAUUACAUAAGAAAGCCAUCAUUGUCACUUUUGGAUAUUUUGUUUCAUUUUAAAUCAUGCCUUCCACCUAUUGAAAGAAUAUUAGAAUAUCUACCUGCAUUGAGGCCCAGAUUUUACUCUGUUGCUAGUUCUCCCUUAGUUGAUGAUUCACAGUUCACAGUUUUAUUCAAUGUUCUUAAAAUUUGCAAAGGGGAAGGUAGAAUGACUGAAAGGGAAGGUGUUUGUACUGGAUGGCUGAAUGCUUUAUCAUCUGAAAUUCAGAAAGCGUCUGAACCUAUCCUAGAUACUAUUGUUAAUGGAAUAUCUUCUUUAAAUCUCAGCUCUAAAGAGAUCAGCAUUUUUGUGUAUAAAAGACAGAACUCACAUUUUUACUCCCCAGAGAAUUUAAAUUGUCCUGUGAUUAUGGUAGGUCCUGGUACUGGAAUAGCUCCUUUUAUAGGAUUUUUGAAACAUCGUGAAAAUCUUAUGAAAACUCAGAAUUUGGACUCGAACAUUGGGGAAACGUGGCUAUUUUAUGGUUGUCGUUAUAAAAACAAAGACUUUUUAUACAAAGAAGAACUCGAAAGGUUUCAGUCGUGUGGUGUAUUAACACAUCUUAAAGUCUCAUUUUCUCGAGAAGUCUGCUCAUCUUGCAACAAAAUGACAAAAUAUGUUCAUGAAAAUAUUAGACAACAUGCUGAAGGCAUUGCUGCCGCUGUUAAAGCAGGAAGCAAAAUUUUUGUUUGUGGUGAUGCAAAGAAUAUGGCUCAAGAUGUACAGCAAGCAUUUACUGAAGUCUUUCAAUCAAAUUUUGAUUUUAAUCCUGAAGAAGCAAAUUCUUUUGUAAGGCAAUUGAAGAAGGAUUAUCAGUACAUCUGUGAAGUAUGGGCAUGAUUUAUUGUAUUUCAUGCAUUGUAUUAACAUGUAAAUUAAUGUAUUUUAAUAUAAAUAAAUAGAAUAUUCAUUUGUCAUAUU